AUGGCGUACAUAAUUGGGAUAUUUACCUCUAUAGCAUUAGUCAUUGCCAUCCUACUUAUGGUUUUCUGGUUCAUAAUGGUUAAAAGGAGAGAAGAGAGAAAGAUAAAGGAACGGCAAAUACUUCUUACUCCAGCUAACGGUUCAUCAAUCCAACCUUCCACAACAGGAAAGCAGCCUUUAGAGGAUUUCUCAUUUUUCAAACUUAGUACCAUUGUGGCAGCCACAAACAAUUUUUCCGUUUCUAACAAACUCGGACAAGGCGGUUUUGGCACUGUUUAUAAGGGGCGAUUGAGGAAUGGAAUAGAUAUUGCGGUUAAAAGACUAGCAAAAAAUUCCGAUCAAGGUUUCGAAGAAUUUAAGAAUGAAGUUUCUUUAAUAGUGAAACUUCAACAUAGAAAUUUAGUUAGGCUUUUAGGAUGUUGUUUUCAACCGCAUGAGAAGAUGCUUAUAUAUGAAUACUUGCCAAAUAAGGGAUUGGACUCAUUCAUUUUUGAUCAAGAUAAAUGUUAUAUACUUAAUUGGGAGAAGCGAUUUAACAUCAUUUUGGGAAUAGCAAGAGGAAUGAUAUACCUUCACCAAGACUCUCGACUCAAAAUCAUCCAUAGAGAUUUAAAAGCCAGCAAUAUUUUAUUGGAUGAUGGAUUGAAUCCUAAAAUCUCCGAUUUUGGAACGGCUAGAGUUUUUGGAGGUGAUCAAAUGGAAGCCAAUACAAAAAGGGUAGUUGGAACAUAUGGUUAUAUGUCUCCAGAAUAUGCCAUGGAAGGACUAUAUUCAAUAAAAUCUGAUGUCUUCAGCUUUGGUGUCAUAUUGCUUGAGAUUAUAAAUGGGAGAAAAAAUACCAGUUACCAUCAAGAGAACACGAUAAAUUUGAUAGGACAUGCUUGGGCAUUAUGGAACAAAGGUAAAGUCUUUGAUAUAAUUGACUCAAGGAUGGGAGAUUUAUGGACAAACCAAGAAGUUUUGAGAUGCAUUCACAUAGGACUUCUAUGUGUGCAAGAACAUGCUAUGGACAGACCAACUAUGUCUGAAGUUGUUUUCAUGUUAUGCAAAGAUAUGUCUUUACCUUCUCCAAAGCAGCCCGCGUUUAUCUUCAACGGACAAGACAUGCAUGCAUCGGAUUCAUUGACGAACAUUAAAGAUGUGGUAGAGAUUGCUGUGAAAAGAUUAGCGAAAAGGUCACAUCAAGGUGUGGAAGAGUUUAAGAAUGAAGUUUCGUUAAUUGCCAAAUUUCAACAUAGAAAUUUGGUGAGGUUGUUAGGAUGUUGUGUUGAACAUCAUGAGAAGGCUCUCGUAUAUGAAUACUUACCGAAUAAAGACUUGGACUCAUUCAUUUUCGAGAAAUGUUCUCAACUAAAUUGGGAGAAACGGUAUAACAUCAUUUUGGGAAUUGCAAAGGGAAUGGUUUAUCUUCACCAAGAUUCUCGAUUGAGGAUAAUUAAUAGGGACUUGAAAACUAGCAAUGUUUUGUUAGAUAAUGAGUUGAAUCCUAAAAUCUCGGAUUUUGGAAUGGAAAGAAUUUUUAAAGGCAAUCAAAUUGAAGCAAAUACAAAUAGGGUAGUUGGAACAAUUGUUUAUAUGUCUCCAGAAUAUUCUAUGGAAGGACUAUAUUCAAUAAAAUCCGAUGUCUUCAGCUUUGGUGUCAUAUUGCUUCGGAUUAUAAAUAGGAGGAAAAAUACCAGUUACCAUCAAGAGAAAACGAUUAACUUGAUCAGCGAUGUUACAAAGGAAAACAAUACAUUUGACUUCAACGACUUACUAGAUGGAUCAGAAGAAGUUUGUAAAACUAACUUUAUUAACGAAGACGAAUCAUCAAACAAAUCGAUCAAGAACAACCAAGAAUAA